UAUGCAGCUUCCAAGUCCAAAUUUGCAGAUCUUGCAUUGGGGUGUGAACCAAUACCAAGCGAGCACGCUGUCAUGACUGAUCUUCCUCAGGAAGCUCUCAUGGUGAGUGAAUUUGCUCGGUUGGCUGCGAACAUUGAGAGGAAUGGUUCGAAACCAGAGAAGAAGUGGCCAACAAUUAGUAGGAAGACACAGCUUGUUCUGGAUGCUGUCAAGGCGUCGAUUGAGAAGGGUUUCGAGCCCGUUGAGUGUCACUAACAUUUGCCCAAAAAUGGCUGAUACACCUGUGCGUUUUGGAAUCUUGGGCUGCGCCAAUAUAGCGCGUAAGAUGUGCCGAGCCAUCACUCUGUCACCAAACUCCGUCCUUUAUGCCAUAGCUAGUCGUUCACUUGAAAAGGCAUCAAGUUUUGUACUAGAAAAUGGCUUCUCUCCAGUUGAGGUAAAAGUCUAUGAUAGCUAUGAGGGUGUUCUUGAGGACCCCGAUGUUGAUGCUGUGUAUGUGCCACUCCCCACGAGCCUGCACGUGCGGUGGGCUGUUUUGGCUGCAGAGAAGGGGAAACACGUGCUGUUGGAGAAGCCGGCAGCACCAAACUUGGCAGAGCUGGACAGGAUUCUGGAGGCGUGUGAAUGCAGUGGCGUCCAGUUCAUGGAUGCCACCAUGUGGAUGCAUCACCCUCGCACGUCUGAGAUGAGAGCACUCCUAUCCGAUGCCCAGCGUUUUGGCCAACUCAAAUCGAUUCACAGCUGCUUCACAUACGAAGCCGACCACAAUUUUCUUCAAAACAACAUUCGAGUGAAGCCAGACUUGGACUCUCUUGGUGCUCUAGGCGACAUCGGAUGGUACUGCAUCCAGGCAAUCCUCUGGGCAGCCAACUAUGAACUGCCUGAAACAGUGACGGCGUGGCGCGAUCCCGAGUUCAACGAAGCUGGAGUAAUCCUAUCCUGUGGCGCCUGUUUACACUGGAAGGAUGGGAAAGUAGCAACCUUCUAUUGCUCUUUUCUAACCAAUUUGACAAUGGACCUAUCUGCUCUUGGAACUAAGGGAAAUUUACACAUUCAUGACUUUGCUAUUCCUUUCCAAGAGAAUGUUGCAUCGUACCAUGCUGGUUCACAGUUUAGGAUACCGAUGAUGAGCGAGCACGCUGUGGCGAAUGAUCUGCCUCAGGAGGCUUUGAUGGUGUCGGAAUUUGCUGGUUUGGUUAAGAGAAGGAACGGUGAUGGGUUGGAGCCACCGGAGAUGUGGUGGCCGGGGAUUAGUAGGAAGACGCAGCAGGUGUUGGACACGGUGAAAGCAUCGAUUGAGAGAGGUUUUCAGCCUGUUGAGAUUUUGAGUUGAGUUUAGAUUUUCGAAAUUGGGAGGGCAUAAUGCAGUUGGAAUUUGAAAAACAAAAAUGUUUGAUCCAUCAAAUUUACCUCCGCCCAAAUUGCUGAUUGGAUAAAAAUCGGACAAUUUGAACGGAGCAAAAUUUGGUGGAUAUUUUAAAAGUUUUGUCAAGAAUAUUUUUUUGGAUAUUGGUAAAAUGAAGAAUGAUUGAGAAAUAAAAAUUAAGUGUCACUAUGAAACUACUAUGAUUUUGACACUAUUACA